AUGCCUCCAAAACUAUCCGGUAACCGUGGCAAACGAUGUAACUGUAUGGACCCUCUUCGUAAUAUUCGAUCAAAAUAUACAAGUCAAUGUAAGAUGUUUCGUACUUUUCGUGAAAUAAGAUAUCGUGGUGGUUUGGGCAUAGAAUGUGGACUCCUGCAGGAUUCGGAAACUUUACGGUACAGAAUUGCUGACCAAUUGGCAAAAGAUGAAGCAAUUUUCUACUAUAAGGACGGUCGAAUUCUUGAAUACUGUGAAGUGAUUACAAAAUGUCCAAGUGAAGUCCCCUCGAUCCAAGACGGUGUUAACUUGCUUGAAUUUUACAACAGCAGGCUCAAGGAGAAUAUUACUGAUGAACAAUUUGUUGUGAUGGAUAAGCAAAGGAUAUACUAUCCUAUUUCUGAACUGUUUAUUGCCAAAGUUCCGUAA